AUGUGCCCCCAAGAUGUCACUGCUGUUCCGACCAAAUCCGAAGCUCCCGCUAAAGGCCGCGGCAAGGCUACCAAGAAGGCUGCUCCCGUCGAAGCCGACAGCCCGCUUGCAGAACGACGACCAAGCAUUGAGAACGAGCUUCUGGCAUUGACAGCCAAGCUGGAGCAAGUGACGUUGGAGAAGCAGAAGAACGACCAGAUUCUGGAGGAGAAAAACGCUGCUCUUCAGGCCAAGGCUGAGGAGAACCAGCGCCUGGCUCGUGAGCUGAAGAAGCUCCAGAAACUCAAGCCGUUCGAGCCUGUUCUGGACCUUGAUCUCUCCCUUGAAAGCGAGGAUGGCGACAAGAAGGACAAGGACCCACGCAAGCCCAAGCGUCCUACCUCCGCUUACGUCCUCUGGUGCAACGACGUCCGCGAGAAGGUGAAGGCGGCGAAUCCCACCGCUUCCGUCACGGAUCUUGCCAAGAUCUUCGGAGAGAUGUGGAAGACCGUCCCCGCUGAGGAGAAGCAAGUAUACGAAGGCCAGUUCAACGAGGAGAGCGAGGCGUACAAAGUCAAGAAGGCUGAAUAUGACAGGAUGAUCGAGAAAGAGAACAGGGAGCAGGCUGCACUCAAGAAGCUUCACGAGGAAAGGAAGAAGGAAGCAGCUUUGAAGCUUCUCGAGCAGUACGAAGCUCAUCAGAAGGACGUCGCGGCGAAUGACAAGAAGAAAGCGAAGGACCCUGAGAAGCCCAAGCACCCGCUGUCAGCCUUCAUGCUCUACUGCAACGAGCGCCGCCCGCACCUUGUUGCGGAGCGGUCGGAAGAGAAACGCGACCCGAUCGAGGAGUCGAAGCUGCUGGGCGAGGAGUGGAACAAGAUCAAGGGCACCAGGAAGGCCGAACGUUUUGAAAAGCUGGCCCUGAAGGAGAAGGAGCGGUACGGGAAAGAGAUGGAGGCAUACAACUUGAAGAAGGAGGCUGCUGAUAAGCAGGUCGCGGCAGAGAAGCAGAGGAGACACGAGGAGGAUCUUAAGGAGGCGGUGGCGCUAAUGGAUCAGGAGGAUAUGGCGAGGAAGAAGCUGGAGAAGCAGGUCGCCAAGCAGGUGGCUGCGGUCUCCAAGAAGCAGCAGCCGGCGCCUGCAGCUGAGGCGAAGAAGGCGGCCAAGGACCCCAACAAGCCCAAGAGGCCCAUGUCUGGGUACCAGCUCUUCUGCUCUGCUGGCCGCGCCAAGCUGGCGGAGGCCAACCCAGGCGUGUCGUUCGGAGCGCUGAGCCAGCUCCAAGGCAAAGCGUGGGGUGAGCUGUCGGAGGGCCAGAAGGCGGAAUGGAACAACAAGGCGGCUCCCGCCAUGGAGGCGUACAAGCAAGCCAUGGAGAAGUACAAGUCUGAGAACCCUGCCGCUGCCGUGGAUGACGAUGGCAACGUAUGUGACUUGUCGUCCGACGACUCGGCGCCAGCAGAUUCGACGCCUGAGCCAACAUUGACCAUGCGGGAACAGUCAGAGGGCCGCGCACAGCGCAGCUUGUCGGGAAAACGGGAACUGAAACAGUCUUCGCGACCAACAGCGACGAUCCGAAAUAAGGGGACGCGUAGAGCAGAUGGCGGAAACGGGGUUGCGGGAGGUGACGGGACAAGCGAACGCGCGAAAGAGGCGCAAGCGCCGAGAAAGCGAGGGAAGGCGGCGGAAGGCGCGCAAGUGGAGCGCGGUCGGCUGCUGAGUCUGGCAUUGGAGUGCGGCUUCCGACACGACGACGCCGUUAGGUGUCUGCGGCGCAUCACUGACGCGUAUGGUGCGUAUGCCUGCCAUUCGCGUCCCUUCAUCCGUCGUUGGUGGCCGUCGCACAAGCUCUCCUUCUCCCCAAAGCCUCCCCCCCUACCCCUCACUUCUCCGCGCCCUUCUCUCCGCACCACCCUUAUUAUCCGCCAUUCACCACCCAUCAUUCCCCCGCUCUCUAUGCGCAUAGGCGACGAGGGCGAGAGCUUCGUGACGGUGGAGUCGUGCGGGGACGAGUUCCUCGCCAUGCUCGCUGACCUCGCGGACGAGGCGGACGACUCCGCGGACGCGCAGGCGUCGGCGGAGAGUAGGGGGAAGGGGGAGCGGGAGGGGGAAGAUGAUGGGUGCCGCGAUCUGGACGAUCUCGGCCACGUGGCAGUCGAGCUGGAUGAUGAGGAUGAUGAUUUCGAGGGUGAUCAACUGGACGCAUGGCUCUGGACAAGGCUGGGCGGUACGGGAGAUGUAGGUGGCUUGAGUGAGAGAGAGAGCGGUGCAGCGCGGGGAAGUAUGGUGCAGGGCGAGGAUGUGAGGUCCAGGCAAGUCCGGGCGGAAGACGGGUCUGCUGUGACUGAUGCUGCGGGGAGGUUGCGAGAAGGGACCGAGGCCAGGGACCGAGGAAGCGGGGUAGCGGCAGAGAGGGACUGGGGAGGAGAGGAGGGGGGUUCGGAAGCGGGGAGGAGCGAGUGGGAGGGGCAGCCAUGGGCUUGGGAAGAGUUGGGGGAGGCCAUGGAUCUAGGUUUGGAGGAUGAUGGGCAGACCGAUGGGUGGUCCUGGCAUCCACAGCAGCAACAGCAAAUGAGAGGAGGAGACAAAUGCGCCCACUCUUCUCAUCCACACGCCCCCAACGCCACCCCUUCCUCCUCCACUCCCCCAUAUCCCUCUCCGCCCCCGUCAUCACGCUCAGUUGCCCCACCAUCACAAGCGCCCCCACCAUCAUCACAGGCACGGGCAUCAGCAUCAGCAUCAUCGUCUGUGUUGCUGUACCACGAGGCGCUGCAGCUGGACCAGGUGGCCCUCGCGAGCGCUGCAGUCUUCGGCCACCGGCGGCUGAGGGACGGGCAGAGGCACGCGUGCGAGGCUGCUCUGGCGGGCAGAGACGUCUUUGUGCUCAUGCCCACUGGCGGGGGGAAGAGCCUCUGCUACCAGCUUCCAGCAGUGCUAUCCCGCGGUGUCACCAUCGUGGUAUCGCCUCUCCUUGCCCUCAUCCAGGAUCAGGUCAUGGCCCUCGUGCACCACCACUCCGUGCCCGCCGCCUUCCUCUCGUCUGCGCAGACAGCAGCGCAGGCAGCAGCAGUGGCGAGGGAGCUGCGCAAGGCAGUGCCAUCGUGCAAGCUGCUGUACGUCACUCCCGAGAAGCUCAUGGGCAGCGCCGCCCUGCACAGCAUCCUGCGCGGGCUGCAUGAGAGGGGUAUGCUGGCUCGCUUUGUGGUUGAUGAGGCCCACUGUGUCAGCCAGUGGGGCCAUGACUUCCGUCCGGAGUAUCGCCAGCUGGCAUCCCUGCGCACUCUCUUCCCCGGCACGCCCUUCCUCGCCCUCACCGCCACCGCCACCCCUGCCGUGCAGAAGGACAUCACAUCAGUGCUGCGCUUCCCCCCAUCAUCCGCGCACAUAGCCCUCUCCUUCGACCGCCCCAACAUCAGCUACACCGUGCUGCCCAAGCACCCCUCGCACCCCCUCGCACACCUCGCUGCACUCGUCUCUUCCUGCUUCCCCCCGCCCGCCACUGGCAUCAUCUACUGCCUGUCCAAGCGCGAGGCUGAGAGCGUGGCGGACAUGUCAAAGUCUCUCGAGAACUUCUACCAGGAGUCGGGCAGGGCGGGCAGGGACGGGCUGCCGGCCACCAGCAUCGUGCUCUUCGCCCGCCGCGACUUCUCCCGCGUCGCCUGCCUCCUGCGCCGCUCCGCCUCCUCCGCUGCCCGCGCUAGUGGCAGGGGUGGGGGUGGGGCGGCUGGCAGGACAGCGGCAGCGCGGAGGAUGCAGGAGGAGAUGGAGCGCGCGCGGGAGAUGGUGGAGUUCUGUGAUGAUCAGGUGCGGUGCAGGGGGUGUUGUGCUUGGGAACAUGUGUGA